CAUGUCCCAUCCCAGGAUACAGCCUGGCGGUCUUUCAGCAGAAGAAGAAGAAACUAUUUUUGCCCGGGUUGCUAAAACAUCACUUUUAUGUUAUAGACGUCGAUCAAACCAGCGCUAAAUGAUUUGUUUUUUGCUAACCUAACGAGUGUGAGAUACCUGAAGGAGACGGUGGUCGCUUCUUUAUCCGCAGGAUGAAGGUGAAAAUCAAACAGUGGAACGGGGUUGCCUCCUGGCUCUGGGUGGCCAACGAUGACAACUGUGGGAUCUGCAGGAUGGCCUUUAACGGCUGCUGUCCUGACUGCAAAGUGCCUGGGGAUGACUGCCCGCUGGUCUGGGGUCAGUGCUCCCACUGUUUCCACAUGCACUGCAUCCUGAAGUGGCUGAACUCACAGCAGGUCCAGCAGCAGUGCCCCAUGUGCCGGCAGGAGUGGAAGUUCAAGGAGUGAACCUGUGGAGGCGUCGCUGCCACAGAGACGAAAGGCUCGCUCGCAGACUUUUAUGUAGACUGUAAAUAAAUC